GAGCCGUAUUUAAUAAUGAUACAUUCAAUGCAACAUUAUAUGGGAAUCUAAGUGCCAGUGUUCUAAUUCGAAGUAGUUAUGCAUUAAGCCAAGCGUGUUAUCGCGCUUUGAUUGCUAAUCAUUAUGAUGCCAGUCUUUAUGCAUGUGUAAUACGACAAGCAAUAAGAACAGUUAACGGCACUCAAUAUAGUACGUCAACAAGUAGAAGACGACGAAAACGAACUUUGGUCGAAUUUUUUUUCUAUGGCCAUGCAGAUAUUUAUUAUAAGAGUCGAUGUGUUGAUUCACCAAGAAAUUUUGGUAUUAAUUAUACAACUUCAACGAAUACAACUUCAUACAGUUCUUGUCGAUUACAACGGAUGAAAGCUAUCAAUUCCUGUUUUAAUAAGUCAAGUUUAAUUCUAACAAGUGAACCACAAGCUUUAAGUAUAAAUAACACUGAAGUACUUAUUUACAAUAUUUUGGGUGAAAUAUUCACGAAUUACAGUAAAUUUACCGGUGGUUCAUCACAACCUGGUGCUCGUUAUGAACGAGCCCUCACAAUAGCCAGUAUUGAUGCGGCUGUUAAUUCGCAAACUAGAAUCGCAAAUACUACAAAUCCAAGCACGACAGCACUUAUCGGCUAG